CACUUCACACUACUCACGUCUCACAGCAACCACAACCCACAACUGGCACAACUUCAUUUCUGUAAAUCAUUUCUGGGAAGUGGGUUAUGUGAAGAAGUUACUGAAACUGAAAUUAGCGUGUUGACAAAUUGUUCCAAGAUGUAGAAGUAAAAUUGUUUAUAAUUUAUAAACCAUAAACCUGUUUCAGAAUCCGGCAUCAAAAUGGCUGUGGGAUCGACGAAGGUUGUUCAAGUAACGAACAUAGCCCCUCAAGCUACCAAAGAUCAAAUGCAAGUAUUGUUUGGUUAUUUGGGCAAAGUCGAAGACAUUCGUUUGUAUCCUACCAUAAGAGACGUGUCCUGUCCGGUAACUUCACGAAUAUGCUACAUAAAAUUCGUAGAUAUCUCUACUGUAGGUAUUGCUCAGCAUAUGACCAAUACCGUUUUCAUUGACAGAGCAUUGAUAGUGUUGCCUGUAUCUGCUGGUGAAAUCCCAGACGAAUAUUAUGCUCUAGAAAUGACCAGGAAUGGUACCAUUGUACCUGGUUUGACAGUCAAUGAACCCAUGUUACCUUCUCAUGUAACAAACACUGUCCAUGGAAGUGGCAGUGAACAAGUAAUAUUGACUUCUGACAAAAAUUUGACUUCAAAUGAGUUGGCCCCUUAUCCCCCAUUGCCAGCCAGUUACGAUUCCAGAAAAAUUGAGGAAACCAGGAGAACAGUCCUGUUGGUUAACUACAAUACCUCACUGAGCAACAAUGACAUAAUAGACUUCUUUAGUCAGGCUGGUGAGGUGAAGUACAUGAGAACUUGCAAAGACUCUGAAGAGAAAACUCACAUGCUAGUUGAGUUCACAGAGCAAGGUAGUGUAGUUAAUGCUCUGAAACUGAGUGGGUCAGAACUGAAGGGAUUCCCAAUCGAAGUUCAACAUGCCACACAACCCAUAACCAAGCCACAAACUAAGAGUAAUGAGGCUGCCCAGAAGGAAAUUGAAGAGGCAAUGACUAGAUUCAAAGAAGCACAGAAUAUGAUAAAUGCUUCCAUUGAACCAGUGAUUGGAAUGUUGACAAAGGAUAAGAGGAGUGCUAAGAGGUCCAGGUCUAGAUCUCGCGGGCGUAGGAGACGGUCCAGAUCAAGGUCACGGUCCAGAAGACGUUCAAGGUCACACAGGCGCAGAUCCACUUCCAGGAGAAGGUCUAGGUCCAGAGAUCGCAAAAAAAGGUCUAAAUCCCGUUCGAGAAAACGCUCCAGAUCGCGAUCCAAACGGUCCAGUUCCAAAACAAGGAGAUCCCGAUCCAAGUCGAGGAGAAGGACUAGCAGACCAAAAUCCCGAGAACGCUCUUCCAGGGCGAAAUCGAGGGAUAAAAAGUCCAGGGAAAGGUCUAGAGAGAAGAAAUCCAGGGAGAGGUCAAGAGAGAAAAAAUCUAGGGAGAGGUCUAGAGAGAAGAAAUCUAGGGAGAGGUCCAGGGAGAAGAAAUCCAGGGAGAGGUCUAGGGAGAAGAAAUCUAGAGAGAGGUCCAGGGAGAAGAAAUCUAGGGAUGAGUCAAGGGAGAAGAAGUCAAGAGAGAGGUCUAAGGACAGAAAGAAGAGCAGGGAAAGGGAUAGGAAAUCGAAGGAGAGGGAUUCUAAGGAUAAGGAAAAGGAAAAGUCGUCGAGAGAGACGAAAGAGAAGAGGAGCGAGAAGGAGAGCGACGCCGCCACCGCGCAGGACAAGCGCAAGUCGCGUUCGCGCAGCCGCAGCAAGCGGCGCUCCCGCUCCCGAGACCGCAAGCCGGCGGCGAAGGAGCGGCGGCGGUCCCGAUCGAGGGGCGGCAGAAGCAAGGGGGGCAGGAGACGGUCGCCGACGCCGCCGCGGACCAGAAGCAGAGACAGAGACAGGAAGAAGGAGAGGAAGAGCGAUAGGAGGGACAAGGAUAGGGACGCGAAGGAGAAGCGGUCGAGAUCGAGGUCUCCGUCUGGGCGUUCCACAAGGUCCCAUUCGAAGGUGCCUCGCAACUAUGACGAAGAGGACAAGGGGUUCGAGACGAAUAAGGAGAAGCCCAAAGAGAAGGAGAAGGAGGAGGAGGGGGCUCAGAACAAUUCGCCCGAGAAGUCGGAUAAUAUGGAUAUUUCUAAUUCUCCGUGAAUCGUGUUUUUUCUUGAUUGGAUGUGAUGAAUUUUUUCAUGUGUUGAUACUGGAUGUUUGUGUUUUAGUCACUAAGCAUUGGGAAAUAAAGAUACAUUUUGUCAGCAUUCGUUG